AUGUCAUUCACCACACAAGCUCUUGUCUCAAGAGGGCCCGGCUCGCCUGCGAAGCUGGAAGAUAUCGUGCUCGAUGCUUUACGUGCAGAUGAGGUUCUGGUCGAGGUUCAUGCCACUGGAGUCUGUCACACAGACUUUUCUUGCGCGGGGGUGGUCCUCCAAGUCGGGGUAAAUGUUCAGCACAUUGAGGAGAACGACAAAGUCUUGCUCAGCUUUGAUUGUUGCGGCUCCUGCAUUCAGUGCACAUCCGAUCACCCAGCAUACUGUGUGGAGUGGACUCGACGGAACUUCGGACAGAAGCGUAUGGAUGGGAGUCUCUCAUUGUCCACAGCAGAUGGGACCAAAGUGCACGGUAACUUCUUUGGGCAGAGCUCCUUCGCUCGACAUGCUAUCGUCAGUGGUAGAUCGGUGGUCAAGGUCCUAUCAACAACACCUCUGGGUCUUUUCUCUCCCCUCGGGUGUGGCGUUCAAACGGGAGCUGGAGCUAUCUUGAAUACACUGGACGUGCAGCCGGGAAAGACGGUGGCUAUCUUUGGUGUUGGCUCCGUGGGGAUGAGUGCAGUGAUGGCAGCAAAGAUGCGAGGGGCCAGGAUUAUCAUUGCAGUAGAUCUGCAGCCUCAAAGAUUGGAGUUGGCCAAGAAACUGGGGGCAACUCAUGGUGUUAUUGGCUCUGACCAUGACAUCGUUACCCAGAUACAAAACAUCACUGGAACUAAUGGGGUGGACUAUUCCGUCGACUGUGCUGGUGUACCUCAGGUGGUUGAAAAGGCACUCGAUUGUCUCGGUACGCGUGGAAAGGCAGCCACUGUCGGCGCACCAUCACCUGGACAACGUGCAGGAGUGGAUGUCUUUUCUCAUCUGGUCAACGGGCGUCAGUACAUUGGCUGUUGCGAGGGCGACAGUGUUCCUCAGACGAUGCUGCCCUACCUCAUUGACCAACAUGCCAAAGGCCAAUUUCCUCUCGACCAAAUAGUUUCAUUCUAUCCGGUGGAUCAAUACGAAACCGCUUUCAAGGAUGUCAAAGACGGCAAGGCUCUGAAGGCUGUUCUUCUAUGGAAAUAG